CUCGCCGAAGCCUGCGUGGCCACAUUCGGCCCUGACCGACGGAGCGACACAGCCGAGGCCACCGCCGCAUAGCUCUUGGACUACAAUCAUGAAGCUGCUCCAGGAUUCAGAGGACGCAAAGGCCCAAAAGAAGAGUCUCAAACCUCAGAUGGAGAGACGUCGACGAGAGAGAAUGAACCGCAGCCUGGAGAGCCUGAAGACUCUUCUGCUACAGCGACAGGGGGAGACUCAGCGCAGAGUGGAGAAGGCCGAGAUACUCGAACACACGGUCCUCUUCCUCCAGAACACCGCCGAGGGAGACCGGACGAGGGGCCAGAAGCACUCCUACCAGGACGGCUUCUCCGCCUGCCUGCAGAGAGCUGCUCAGUUCCUGGGACCCGAGGGGAAAGGCCUGUGGCUCGGAGCGGCACUGCAUGCAUCUUUUGCCGCUCGCUUUGACCGCUCGGUCUCCGGCUCUGCAGGCGUCCAGCGGAGACCCGAGGCCCGUUCCUCCGCCAGCUCUCUGCUUCUCAGGAAGUCGUCCAGGUCUCUUCUGCGGAUGCUGGUGAACAGGUCCGGACAGGGAAUGCGCACGCCCGAUUUAAGUCUGGCCAGCUGUGCCCAGACCCGAGGAGAGGCCCAUCGCUCUCCCACGACUCCCCAGCAGCCACACAAGGCGGCGAGUAGAGCGAGCAAACAGAGCCGGUCCCAAGGCCAGCCGGUCAGCCAGUCUUUGUGGAGGCCCUGGCCCUGAUCACCACGCAGUUACUUAAGAAAAGGAAACUGAACUUUGAAUGACUCCAACGUGCUGAUUAAUAUUCACACAACAGCAUGUUUUGUUCGUUUUUUCUUUCUGCAGGGACAUUAUCAGUGCAAUGUAUUGAACACGGGCCUCAUGCUUUUCUGUAAAUUCUGGUAAAUUUGUAGAUACUGUAAAUUUAUUAUGAUCACGUCGAGUGCUGCUACUGCCUACACAGGCCAACUCGUCAUCAUUGUGUCAUUUAUGGAGUAUUUUUGCACCUUAAUUUAUUUUAUUUGUCAUCUGUAAAUAAACAAAAGGAGAAAUCACUAA